AUGGAUCGCCCAAACACCCCAUCGCGGCCUCCUAUGUACUCCGAAGCGCCAUCAUAUGUCGAAGAAGAACACAGUCCUUCAAACGUUGGACAACCAACCUCAGAUGGGUCGCAAAUCCGUUUGUUGACUUCCCAAGACGAUGUCAAUAGCCGCCCGUAUGUAUCGCCGAAUCCUAUAAAACGUCCAGUUGCAGCACGCACAAUGAAGAGGCCAGCGCUCUCGACUCCGCAAUAUCUCACAGCUCUCAGAGAAGUCGAAGAAGCUCUUGAAAUCCCGUCCUGCAAGCUGCAGGGACAGCGGGCACUGGCAGUCGACUUACCGGUUCUCCCUCCUGGGCCUUCCCGCAGAAAAUCGCUGAGAAGCCCAGUUAAACCUCCUCUUGCAGCGCUAGAAUCGCAGUUGAAUACUAAAUCAAGCUUACACAAGAACCUGAAUAGUGCAUAUACCCCCCGCAGACCCUACCAACCCUCCGUUAUAUCCUCCCAUUCCCGAGCCCCGUCGAUUAUUGACACGGCGCCUCAAAUGGCUCCUUCAGAGUCGCAAUAUCCCUCAUAUGCCUCGAGCGGUAGAAUAUCACCCACCCGCUCGUGGUCCCCCUCGAGGGGCUCCUCUGAUUUUACCAGACCACCACCAGCAAAUGGUCAAUUCGAGCCCCCCGAUAUCAACGGUAGUCCGAGACCCGGGACACCUUCGUCUAGAUAUGGAGGGAGUCCUAGACGACCGUUACCACCUGCGCCCCUCUUCUCAGGACCUGGUGCAUCAGCUCGAAACUCCGUCUUCGCAGACGAUGCUACGAUUUCAAUUCCUCUAGAGAACGAUAUUGCGGAUAGCGAUGAUGUUUUUGGACCGGAAAGCCCUCUCAAAUCAAGCGGGAGGUCAGCCAUGGGCAUGGGCGCGAGAGAAUCAUAUAUGUCGAAUGAAACGCUUACUGAAGACAUGGAAAGCAAUAUGGACUUUGAACAUUAUGGCCCUGCCCCAGAUGGGAAACAGGAACGGAGAGGAGCCAGACAGGCACAGAUGGCUAAAAAGGAGGUCAGACUGAUUAAUGGAGAGCUGAUUCUGGAGUGUAAAAUCCCGACGAUUCUCUAUAGCUUCUUGCCAAGGAGGGACGAGAUUGAGUUUACUCAUAUGCGAUAUACGGCUGUGACUUGUGACCCUGAUGAUUUCGUGUCGAAGGGGUACAAGCUGCGUCAAAAUAUUGGAUCUACUGCGCGAGAGACGGAGCUUUUCAUUUGCAUUACUAUGUACAAUGAGAAUGAGAUCGACUUUACUAGGACUAUGCAUGCCGUCAUGAAGAACGUCUCCCAUUUCUGCUCUCGGUCGAAAUCAAGGACAUGGGGCGAGAAUGGGUGGCAGAAAAUUGUCGUUUGCAUUGUUUCUGACGGGCGGCAAAAGGUUCAUCCUCGGACGCUUGAUGCUCUGGCUGCUAUGGGGAUAUAUCAAGACGGCAUUGCUAAGAAUCUGGUCAAUGGCAAGGCGGUGCAGGCUCACGUUUACGAAUACACCACGCAAGUCUCUCUUGACUCGGACCUCAAAUUCAAGGGCGCGGAGAAAGGGAUCGUUCCUUGCCAAAUGAUAUUUUGCUUGAAGGAGCAGAAUGCCAAGAAGUUAAACUCCCAUCGCUGGUUCUUUAAUGCCUUCGGCAGAGCGCUUACACCAAAUAUCUGUAUCCUUCUCGAUGUUGGGACAAAGCCUGGAGGGAAUUCCCUUUACCAUUUAUGGAAAGCUUUCGACACCGACUCCAACGUCGCUGGUGCAUGCGGUGAAAUCAAAGCUAUGAAAGGGAAAUUUGGACAGCAUCUCCUAAAUCCGCUAGUCGCGUCACAGAAUUUUGAGUACAAGAUGUCUAAUAUCUUGGACAAGCCGUUGGAGAGUGUGUUUGGAUAUAUCACCGUGCUUCCUGGUGCGCUGAGCGCGUAUCGGUACCAUGCUUUGCAGAAUGAUCAUACGGGUCAUGGACCUCUGAGCCAGUAUUUCAAGGGAGAGACAUUGCAUGGUCAGAAUGCAGAUGUUUUUACCGCGAAUAUGUACCUGGCUGAAGAUCGUAUUCUCUGUUGGGAGCUAGUGGCGAAGAGGGAUGAGAGGUGGGUGUUGAAGUAUGUCAAGAGUUGUACGGGAGAGACAGAUGUGCCUGAUACCGUCCCGGAAUUUAUCUCGCAGCGGAGGCGAUGGCUGAAUGGUGCCUUUUUCGCUGCUGUCUACUCGUUGGUCCAUUUUAGACAGAUCUGGCGGACGGACCAUACAAUUGGCCGGAAGAUCCUUCUUCACAUCGAAUUCGUCUAUCAGUUCAUCAGUUUACUCUUUACAUAUUUCUCCCUGGCAAAUUUCUACCUCACCUUCUACUUUAUCGCUGGAUCUCUGGCCGAUCCCCAUGUUGAUCCUUUCGGUCACAGUAUCGGUCUAUACUUCUUCACGGUUCUUCGGUAUACAUGCGUUCUCCUCAUCUGCACCCAAUUCAUCCUCUCGAUGGGUAAUCGACCACAAGGAGCGAAACGUCUCUACUUUGCAUCCAUGGUAAUCUACGGUAUAAUCAUGGCCUACAACACAUUUGCCGCGUUCUUCAUCGUGAUACGCCAACUCAGGGCGAAAGACGCAAAUCUCCACCUAGGGAACAACAUGUUCACCAACCUCAUCGUCUCUACCGCCUCCACGGUGGGGUUGUACUUCCUCAUGUCCUUCCUCUACCUCGAUCCUUGGCAUAUGAUCACCUCCUCGGCGCAAUACUUCAUGCUCCUGCCGUCCUACAUCUGCACCCUGCAAGUAUAUGCCUUCUGCAACACGCAUGACAUCUCCUGGGGCACCAAAGGCGACAAUGUGAUCCAUACAGACCUCGGUGCCGCACGCGGCAAAGGUUCAACCGUUGAACUCGAAAUGCCCUCUGAGCAACUCGACAUCGACUCUGGUUAUGACGAAGCGCUUCGCAACCUACGCGACCGCAUCGAAGUCCCCAAGGCAGACGUCUCCGAAGCCCAACAACAAGAAGACUACUACAAAUCCGUGCGCACAUACAUGGUCCUCUGCUGGAUGAUAGCCAACGCCAUCCUCGCCAUGGCCGUCUCCGAAGCCUAUUCCAAAACCGGCGUCGGAGAUAACUACUACCUAAGCUUCAUCCUCUGGAGCGUCGCGACGCUCGCAUUUUUCCGAGCCAUAGGUUCCACUGCCUUUGGGAUCAUCAACGCGGUUGAGGCGGUCGUCGAGGGGAGAAUCAAGAUGAGAAUGAAGCUGCCCAAGUGGGCGGGCGGAAUGAAUAUCGGAGAGAAGUGGAGGGAUGGUGUUAGUAGUUUUGGAAGCAGUGUUAAGAGCUGA